AUGAGGGGGAGCGGUGAUGUGAAGACCUUCCUUUUUCUUUUGAUGAGGAUAAAUUACAGAUACGAAGGUUUUCGUUCGAUUUCGUUGGUUACCUUGCAGAUUGUUUAUGAUCGUAAUACUGGCAGACCACGAGGCUUUGGUUUCGUUUCCUUCUCAACAGAGGACGGUUUGAACAAGGCAAUGGAGCAGAACGGAUCUCUUAUUAAUGGUCGCGAGAUUCGUGUGGAGGUAGCGAAAGGUUCUUUGGGUAAGAAUUCCGAAAAUGUUCGUCAGAACCGCAAUUACAAUGAUGAGAACAAGGUGUUUGUGUCCUCUCUUUCCUGGAACACGACGGAUGAGAUGCUCCGCGACGCCUUUUCUCAGUGUGGCAAAAUCGAGCAUUACAAGAUUCUGACCGAUCGCCAGACGGGCCGAAGCCGUGGAAUGGGCAUCGUGAAGUUUAGCACAAGAGAGGAGAUGAACAAUGCGAUCUCGACGAUGAACGGUUCCACGUUGGAUGGACGGCAGAUAGCGGUACGCGAGUUCCUGGGCGAACGAGGAUCCACAGGAGCGCCGUCGAAUCCGAAGGAAAGCGAAGAGAAGAAAGAAGCGAAGCCGAAUCACAGCAUUGUGUUUGAUGAAGAAGAGAAAGAAGAAAAGAAGGAAGAGAAAGAAGAGGAAGAGGAAGAGGAAGAGAAGGAGGAAGAGGAAGAAGAGAAGAAGAAGGACAAAAAGGACAAAAAAGAAAAGAAAGAUAAGAAGGAGAAGAAGGAGAAGAAAGAAAAGAAGGAUAAAAAGGAUAAAAAGGAUAAAAAGGAUAAAAAGGACAAAAAGGAAAAGAAAGACAAAAAGGAGAAGAAGGACAAAAAGGAGAAGAAGGACAAAAAGGAAAAGAAAGACAAGAAAGACUAA